AAGAGGCGGAGUCGAGGGCAGGGCGGGGCGUGAACACUGGGCUCAAUUUAGGAAUGGGUCUGAGAGUUCCCAGCGCCCAGGCAACAGUGGGCUUUCUGCUGGCUGGCCCGGGCACCUGGCAUGCUGGAGCCCCGCUGCACCCGGCACCUACCGCGCAGUAGAUCCAGUCCAGGCUGCGGCGACUAACCGGUCUCAUGCCCCAACGAUUAGUAACAACUGGUGACAUCGUCUCCGGGGUCGCGCCGCCCGACCUGGACUCCGCGGUGGGGGAAUGGCAGCUGGAACUCCGCGCUGGGCACCCGCGCGGGUGGCCUCGGAGCAUGCGCAGUGCGCGGGGGUCGCAGCCGCCGCCGGGGUCCCCGCUGUCUCGCGAGGAGGGAGAAGCGCCCCCUCCCGCUCCUGCCGAGGAGGGGAGGCGCCGCAGCCGUCGGGUACGCCUUCGCGGCUCCUGCCGCCACCGACCAAGCUUCCUGGGCCGCCGGGAGCUGCCGUCCAGCAGGCCAGCCGGGCCUGGGCCCGUGCCCUCUGAGAUAAUGGCUUCAGCUGCAAAGGAUUUUAAAGUGGACAACUUUUCACCUAAAGCUGGCACUAGCAAACUGCAGCAGACAGUACCAGCUGAUGCAUCUCCUGAUUCUAAGUGUCCUAUAUGCUUGGAUAGAUUUGACAAUGUGUCUUACUUAGAUCGCUGCCUACAUAAGUUCUGUUUUCGCUGUGUACAAGAGUGGUCGAAAAACAAAGCUGAAUGUCCAUUGUGUAAACAGCCUUUUGAUUCUAUUUUCCAUUCCGUGAGGGCUGAAGAUGACUUCAAGGAAUAUGUCCUAAGGCCUUCAUAUAAUGGUUCUUUUACCACUCCUGAGGUUCGACGGUUUCGCUACCGUACAACUAUGACCAGAGAACGAAACUCUUCUGUUUACUCACCUGGUAGCACUGUGCAUAGAAGAACAACUACCCCACCAGAUAGUGGAGUGCUGUUUGAAGGCUUAGGCCUUCCAGGAAGACCCAGAGAUGCUGAAAUUCCUCAGUUUAUGAGACAAAUUGCAUUAAGGAGGCCAGCUACUGCAGAUGAACGAUCUUUACGGAAAAUUCAAGAGCAAGAUAUUAUUAACUUUAGACGAACUCUUUAUCGUGCUGGUGCUCGAGUUAGGAGUAUUGAAGAUGGUGGCCGCUACAGGGAUAUUUCAGCCGAGUUUUUUCGUAGAAAUCCAGCUUGCCUUCACAGACUAGUCCCUUGGUUAAAACGUGAACUCACAGUUCUUUUUGGAGCUCAUGGAUCUUUAGUCAAUAUCGUCCAACACAUCAUCAUGAGUAAUGUUACCCGCUAUGAUUUGGAGAGUCAGGCCUUUGUGUCUGACUUAAGACCAUUUUUGCUUAAUCGAACUGAGCAUUUUAUACAUGAAUUUAUUAGUUUUGCUCGAUCUCCUUUUAACAUGGCAGCUUUUGACCAGCAUGCUAAUUAUGAUUGCCCUCCACCUUCCUAUGAAGAAGGCAGUCAUUCUGAUUCAUCCGUCAUAACAAUAUCACCAGAUGAGACUGAGACCCAAGAGCUGGAUAUUAGCGCGGCCACUGUUAGGCAGGCACCAUGGGACGAUGAAACUCCUGGACCAUCUUACUCAACUUCAGAGCAGGUGCAUGUUUCCGUGUCUUCCCUUUUAAAUUCUUCAGACAGUUCAGAUGAAGAUCUUGUCACUGAAGGAGCCACAUCUCAGAUACAAGGAGUACAGACCAAUGAAGACUUAAAUAAUGAUAGCGAUUCAUCAUCAGAUAAUUGUGUCAUUGUUGGCUUUGUCAAACCUCUAGCUGAAAGGACCCCAGAACUUGUUGAACUGUCCUCUGAUUCUGAGGAGUUGGGCUCUUAUGAGAAAGUGGAGACAGUGAAGACACGGGAACAAGAACAGUCUUACAGUUCUGGAGAUAGUGAUGUUAGUAGGUAUUCAUCUCCACGUUCUGUCCUUGGAAAGGAUGAGCAAAUGAGUAAAGACCGUUGUGAUUCUGGUACAAGAAUCAAAUCAAAGAAAGAGAAACACUCUACAUCUACAUUGUUGUCAUCUCCCAGAGACCUGAGCUCAUCUGUGAGAGGAGACAGAGCAUACUCCCCGUACAAUCGUAGACACAGAAAGGGCGGAAGAUCUAGAAGUUCAGAUUCACGUUCUCAGAGUAGAAGUGGGCAUGAUCAACGGAACCAUAGGAAGCAUCAUGGGAAGAAAAGGAUGAAGAAUAAACGGUCCAGAAGCAGGGAGAGUAAUAGCAGACUGAGAGCGAGAAGAGACAAAAAGAGAUCAAGAACCAGAGACAGCAGCUGGUCGAGAAGAAGCCAGACUCUGUCUCUGAGCAGUGGAAGCACAAGUAGAUCAAGGUCUCGUAGCAGUGAUCAUGGCAGAAGACGAUCACGAAGCAGAAACAGAGACCGUUAUUAUUUAAGAAAUAAUUAUGGAAGCAGAUACAAAUGGGAGUAUACUUACUAUAGUAGAAACAAGGACAGGGAUGGCUAUGAAUCCUCCUAUAGGAGGAGGACUCUCUCAAGAGCCCAUUAUUCUAGACAAUCUUCCAGUCCAGAAUUUAGAAUUCAGUCCUUUUCUGAGAGAACAAAUGCUAGGAAAAAGAAUCAUAGUGAAAAAUACUACUAUUAUGAAAGACAUAGAUCAAGGAGCCUGUCCAGUAACAGAUCAAGGACUGCAUCUGCUGGGCCUGACCGGCCGAGAAAUGAAAAGCCUGGAGGGAAACGGAAGUACAAAACCCGGCAUCUGGAGGGUACUAAUGAAGGGGCUCAACCGUCACGGGAGUGUGCCUCGAAAGUAAAGGAUAGUCAUUACCAAAAAUCAUCAAAAUUAGAUGGAAGCUAUAAAAAUGAGAGUGACAGCUUUUCAGAUAGCCGAUCAUCAGACAGAGAGACAAAACGCAAGAAGAGGAAAAGGAGGACUCGGAGCCUAAGUGUGGAGAUAGUUUAUGAAGGAAAAGCUACAGACACAACUAAACAUCAUAAAAAGAAAAAGAAGAAACAUAAGAAGAAGCAUAAGAAACACCAUGGAGAUAACACUUCUCGUUCCCCAGUUGUUAUAACCAUUGACAGUGAUAGCGAUAAGGACUCUGAAGUAAAGGCAGAUGUGGAAUGUACCAGUAGUGAUCUUCAACACCCUGUGCACAAGGAGACUUCCAUUCCUUCCUUGGAACCAUUUGAAACUAAAGAUGUUGUUACAAUAGAAGAUGAACCUGGUGUCCUGGACAGGGAAUGUGACGUUACUGCACUUACUAAUGACUUGAACAAUGCCAGCCGAACUGUGUGUGACAGUCUGCCACCGGCAGUCUCAGUGGAACACAUUCUUGAUGUAAGAGAAGAAAGUACCUUUGCCUCUGAUCUGGAGAACCAGUCCAGUAACAUACCUGUUCAAAGUGAGCCAUCAAGACAGUUGCCGUCUCCACAGACAUCAUUGCCCGUGUGUCUUGGUAGAGGUUCUGACAUGUCUUAAAACUGCCAAAGCAUCUCAAUGAUAAUUCAGAUGGUACAGAAAGAAAAGAGGUGGAGAGAGGGGACAUCAUCUACUACAAUCUAUUUGAUAACUGUUGCUGGAAAAACUUUUAAAAAUACUUUUAAGUGGUUUUGUGUGUUAAUUUGUAAAGUUCAUUAUUUGUUCAAAAAGUUAUGUAUGUCCCAUCCUCAGAGAUACGCACUUUUAAGUGAAGAAAAUGUUGCUAGUAGUUUAUUUAAAACACGGGAUCCUUUUUUAAAUAAAAAUCCAAAAUUUAGAAGUUAUUUCAUAAAGCCAUAUGGUAUUGACAUAUUUUUAUGGUAGUCAGUGAGUAUUUUUUAAUUUUUUUUUUUUGAGAGUAAUUCUGGAAAUGUGUUAUAAGCUACGAGAAUGCUUUUGGACAGUUAUUUUUUCUUAAGAGAUUUGUAUGAUUCAGAACAAUUUCUUGUGCUAAACUAAGGCAUUUUAAUCUGCACAGGUUUAUCUUCUGCCAAAAGAAAAAUUUAGUAUUUUCUUUAUACACUUGUUUAUCUGGACUGCCAGCCAAACAGAUGUGUAUUCAACAAAAGACAAAAUAAAACAGUAACACUUUAAAACAAGUAUUCAGACAUUUU